GACUAUUUACGCAAUAAGUUCGCAGGCCGAUAUCGAUCACGAGACACGCAAAUGAAUCCUUUGGGACACGGAAAUUACGAAGCAUCGUGAAACAUCGUUCACUUGAAUCGCACGUUCACCACUUCACCACAGCCGCCACCUGUUCGACCACCUUCAGCCGCCCACCUUUGUCGGGGAUGACAUUUAGUAUUACGCUGUCUGCACGUGUGUAGAACACGCGAGGUGACGCAGCCACGACGCUCAUCGUUCAUUUCUCGAUUACGCGUACGUGUUCGGCACGUAAAGAGCGGCGUUUUUCAUUGUUAUCGAAGUCAGCGAGUCCCCAUCAUCCGCGAAGAUGUUCCAACCGAAAACUCUGCAAGAGAUGAUCAUGCCACUUUUAGUGGCAAACAUUCUAGUCGGUAUGGGAUUUUGGACGAGCAAGAAAGGCAGGCUUCUAAAUAUCGUGUACUCGGUGAUCUGCCUUGUGACUUAUUGCUCCCUGAUGAAGCUGUCGAUGGAAUAUCUAGGUGACUAUUAUCUGCACAAGGCGAACAGUCUUGGCAACAUGACGUUCCAGGCGAUCUUCUACGCCAACAUCUGCAUGACGUUGUGCCUCAUUCCUUGUGGCUGGUUGAGAAGAAAGCAUAUAAAAGCGGCAAUAAUGCGCAUCCUGAUGUGCGAGAAAACCAUGGAGCAAAUGGGAUUACAGAAAAACUAUCGGAAAUUGUUUCUGAGCCAGCUUUACGCCCUCACAUUCGUCGUGGUGAUAUUCGUCAUAUUCAUAGCGGUCAAUUAUGACGGAAUGUUCCCGAUAAAUACACCUGUGCAUAUCAGACUCAUUCUCAUAUGUGCCUCAACUUAUCCUAUUAUUUUACUCUACGUGAGCGAUGUAUCGUUCUUGCACUGGGUCAGAUACUCGAAGGUUCGAUUCGAGCAGUUGAACGGUCUGCUGCAAGGCAUGCUAACAACUACACCCGAUUCACCGCAGCAUAAGAGGGUCCUGAAAAUGAAGGACGAGUGGAAUAAGACUUUUAUCGCAUCCGCGACGCAGCAGGAUCGUAGAACCAAGGACAACACUGACGUGAUGAGAGCCGUCAAGCAAGUUCAUUUAGAAUUAAUCAAGUCAACCAGGAGUACAAAUGAAGCGUAUGGCAUACAAAUCCUCCUUUCCAUGACGAUAUCGUUUGUGUUUAUCACUAGUCUCCUCUACUACGCUUACUCAAUUUUUUGGCUAAAGCUUAGUAAUGAAGUAUUUCGACAAGAGAUGAUACCGGUCGUCGGUUGGAUUCUGUUCUACUCGUCAAAGGUCCUUGUUAUAAAUCAUAUGUGCGCAAUGGCGAGCAUUGAGGCCGCGAAUACGGGAGAUAUAAUCUGCGAGCUGUACGAGCCAUCAACCAGCAAAGAAUUUCGCGCAGAGAUACGCGACUUCACUCUACAGCUGAUACAGAAUCCAUUAAUCUUUACUGCGUGCGGAUUCUUCAAUCUGGAUCACACGUUCAUUCACGGGGUCAUUGGCUCGGUCACCACAUAUCUCGUGAUUCUUAUCCAAGUCGGAGAUUUACCAAAUGGAAAUAAGUCACCAAACUCUACUAUAACCUACAACGGAACAAAUUUUACUAUGUCAGAUAUGUUUACAACCGUAGGUUAUCCAUAAAGGCAAAUUUCGCGUAUUUUUCAUUUUUCUAUUGUUUUGUAUGGAUUUAAGAAAGAUUUGAUGAAGUACGUUAUCGUUUUUGUGAAUACAUAUAUACUGUGGGUUUGCGUGAUACGAAGACUAAACAAAGUUAAUUCUUUCUUUUUAUUGGAUGCUGAAAGUCGUUCUUUAAUAUCCACUUUCCCCCAACGCAUUACAAGCAACUAGUUACUGUUAUUUUUAUUUUUUUAUAAUAAUGAUUUGGUAAUAACGUUGCACUUUUUUAUAAUGUUUAUGGUAUUCUGUUAUUUGUCAAAAGUGAUUAAAGUAUCAGUAAAUAUCUGAGAAGAAUAAAGUCCCCUUUUUUAAUUCUAUUUAUAGGCAUAAUAAAAUUAAUUGAGAAUAAAAUUUUUAUUUUAAUUACAACAAUAAAAUAAUUAAUCUUCCAUAUAGAAUAUUUUUAAAUAAACAAAAAAAAUUUUUUUAAUUAUAACAUUGGACCUUACAUGCUUGUAAAUAAGGCCAGAAUAAAAAAUAAAAUAAAAAUAACAAAGAAACUAAAUAUUACUUUUUAAAUCAGUUUAAAAAUUAUUAUUUUAAUUAUAAAAAUGAAAUUUUUCAGGAUUUACUCUAUUGUUAAACACAAUCACAAUUAUCUUUAAUUUUGUCUUUAAAUAAUCAUUUAAUCUUUUCAAAUUUUUGUUUGACUUCCUAUGACAUAUUUUAUGAAUAUAUUCUAGGCAAAAGUACAUUUUUGUGUAACUUCAGAAGUCUUAUUUAAUUACUUUAUUUGCAACGACUAAGGUACUUUAGUCUAAUCCUGACCUUACUAUAAUCGUUAUGAAAAAUUGUAAUACUAUUAUCAAAUUGUUAUUUAACAAAGUAAUGGUAACAUUAAUAACGUUACUCAUAACACUGAUCACUUCCUAUCCCCAAUAAAGAAUGUAUCUCAAAGCAUUAUUUUCUUUUUCUAUAAAUAUCAUAUCGAUUUUUGCUUCCGUCAGUUUUUUAAGUAGAAACAUAGAGUAGCGAGAUAAAAUUCUUCGUAGAGAAAAAGGCUGCGUUUAGCAAAAAAUACAAUUUUGCAACUGUUGUAAAAUUCUAUUGAAUCUGAAUGUAUAAAUUAUAUUAAAAAAUUUUACAACAAACUUGCAAAAUUACUUUUUAAACGCCAUUGAAAGAACUGAAACGUAGUAUGUUGAAUGCUAAAAAAUAAAUGUUCUUUCAACAUUAAA